AUGACAUUUUCUUCUUCUUCAUCAUCUUCUAGGGUUUCGAUAAACUUUAUUUGUUUUGUUUUGUUGAUGUUUUUUCUUAUAGGAAAUUCUUCAGCUCAACUCUCUGAAAAUUUCUAUGCUAAGAAGUGUCCUAAUGUUUUCAAUGUUGUAAAGUCUGUUGUUCACUCUGUUGUGGCUAAUGAACCUCGCAUGGGAGGAUCUCUACUUCGACUCUUCUUUCAUGACUGCUUUGUUAAUGGUUGUGAUGGAUCAGUGCUACUUGAUGAUACAUCCUCCAUGAAAGGAGAGAAAACUGCACCUCCCAACAAAGAUUCUUUGAGAGGUUUUGAAGUAAUUGAUGCCAUUAAAUCUAAGGUGGAAGCUGCAUGCCCUGGUGUUGUUUCAUGUGCUGAUAUUGUAGCCAUUACUGCACGUGACUCUGUUGUAAAUCUUGGAGGACCUUAUUGGAAGGUUAAACUUGGAAGAAGAGAUUCAAAAACAGCCAGCUUCAACGAUGCAAGCAGUGGUGUUAUUCCACCCCCCUUUUCAACUCUUACCAACCUUAUCAAUAGGUUUAAAGCUCAAGGACUCUCUACUAAGGACAUGGUAGCCUUAUCUGGAGCUCACACUAUUGGUAAGGCAAGGUGUGUUGUUUAUAGAGAUCACAUAUACAAUGACACAGACAUUGAUAGUUUAUUUGCAAAAUCAAGGCAAAGAAACUGUCCAAGGAAAAGUGGUUCAAUAAAGGACAACAAUGUAGCAUUUCUAGAUUACAAAACUCCAAACCAUUUUGACAAUGUCUACUACAACAAUCUCAUCAACAAAAAGGGUCUCCUUCAUUCUGAUCAAGUGCUUUUCAAUGGAGGUUCUACUGAUUCAUUGGUUAAAACUUAUAGUAAUAAUCCAAAAGCCUUUGAAGCAGAUUUUGUUACUGCUAUAAUUAAGAUGGGAAAUAUUAAGCCUCUUACUGGAUCAAAAGGGGAGAUUAGGAAACAAUGCAGAAGAGCUAAUUGA